UGGGAUCUAUUCUCUCUCUCGCGGGAGCACCGGGUCAACGAGGCUCCGGUGUUCAGAGCCCCGGGACAGGACAUACGACUCCUGACACAUGGACGGUGGCUGCUCGGUAGAGACGCGAGUACCGGGACUCAUCAACAAAUUCCUCCCAGUGCAGUGGCAGCGCCCCCUGGAGGCUGAGGGCUGAUGGAGCAGCAGGCGAGAGGAGACAGCGUCAGCCCUGAGGGCCGAGGGGAGGGGGCGGGGGACAGCCCCGACUGCCCCGGCCGCCCUGGGGUCACCACCCCUCCGGCGGAGUCCCGGGCCCAAGGGCACAACGGCACCACGCUGAGACCGCUCAGGGGCUGGGCAACGGACGCCAGCGUACCACGUCUCAUGAUUCCGCUGUUCUGCGCGGUGGAGCGUGCCAGCGCAGGGGGCGUGGCCUGCGACCAAGAGGGCCGUGGCGAACGGCACGCUGACUUCGUAUUGGUCGGUCGGGACGUUCUCUUCAGCCGACUGGUGGAGACGGCCGUGCUGGCACUUGGCUACACACACUCUGCAGCUGCGCAGGCCAGAGGUAUCAUCAAGGUUGGCAGCUGGAAGCCCAUGCCGAUCCACUUCCUGACGGACACCCCGGAGGCCACCGUAGCAGACAUACUGCUGGACGUGUACCACAUGGUGACACUACAGAUACUACUGCACAGCUUCCCCCGGCUGGAGGAGCUGCUGCCGGAGCAGUGGAGCCCGGCCUCGGUGAGGCGCGCCCUGAAGGAGCUGCUCACAGGGAGAAGCCCGGGCAGCCUGGCCCCCGAGUGCCCCCUCUCCCAGAGCAUGAUCUGGGCCAUCGUCAGUAGAUCCUACGACACCAACAUGUCGGCCUCUAAGUGCCAGGAGUUUGGCCGGUGGUACAGGCGACACCAGCGCCUCAGAAGGAAUUCCCCGACAAGCGGUGGUCCGGACGCCAUAAGCAGGAUAUUAAAGGUGAGGGAGCGAGAGGCCUCGGCACAUCCAGAGCCCCCACAAGCCCACCCAGACCCAGACCCAGACCCAUGGCCGGCACGGCUCCAGCCCUCCACCCUGCUCCGGGGCCCUGACGGCCCCCUCCUGGCCCCCCAGAUGUCCCCACAGCUCCGACAGCUCGCCAUGGCCCACCUGAUCAACCAGCAGGUGCUUCUAGCGCAGCAGCAGCACCAACAGCACCCACAGUUCCUCAGCCAGAAGUUCCUCCACCACCCUCCCAUCAGCCGGGCCUGCCAGCCUGAGGCCAGCCUCCCCCCGUCGUCCGCGGAGGUGUCCUGGGACAUCUACCGGCAGGUCCGGGACGAGCUGAAGAGGGCCAGCGUCUCCCAGGCCGUGUUCGCCCGUGUGGCAUUCAACCGCACCCAGGGCCUGCUGUCGGAGAUCCUGCGCAAAGAGGAAGACCCGCGCCUGGCCUCCCAGUCGCUGCUGGUCAACCUGAAGUCCAUGCAGAGCUUCCUGCUUCUGCCCCAGGGAGAGCGAGACCGCAUCUACCAGGAGGAGAGAGAGAGGGCCAGCAGCAGCAGUCUGAGUCUUUCACACAGUCAGGUCCCCACCGCCCCGGCACAGAGGCAAACUCAGACCAAGCCCGGCCCGCCCUGCGCUGCCCCCCCCCUGGAGCCCACCGCCGGGGCCAGCAUCACCCCGGGGAUCUACGAGGAGAUCCACCAGGAGAUGAAGCGGGCCAAGGUCUCCCAGGCGCUGUUCGCCAAGGUGGCCGCCAACAAAAGCCAGGGCUGGUUGUGUGAGCUGCUGCGCUGGAAGGAGAGCCCCGGCCUGGAGAACCGGACGCUUUGGGAGAACCUGUCCAACAUCCGCCGCUUCCUGUCCCUGCCGGCGUCCCAGCGGGACCACGCGUACGAGGAGGAGUCCCGACAUCACCAUGGAGACCGCCCACCGCAGCCGGCGGACCUUCAGGCGCUCCACAGACACCCGAUGCCGCCUCUGAAGGACCCCUCGCCGGCACCCGAAGGCCCGCCGCCGUCCUUCUCCAGGGUGUACCGGAGCCCCGAGGACGGCCCUCCGCCGGGGGGCCCCAGAAGGGCUCGUUUUCGGACACGCAUCUCCCUGGAGGCGCUGGGCAUCCUGCAGAGCUUCAUCGGGGACGUGGGCCUCUACCCGGACCAGGAGGCGGUCCACACGCUGUCGGCCCAGCUGGACCUGCCCAAGCACACCGUGGUCAAGUUCUUCCAGAACCAGCGCUACCACGCCAAGCAGCGCGGCUCGGCCCCCCAGGACGAAGAGGAGGAGGAGGAGGACUGGGGAGGCCCGGACCCUGGCCUCAGCCACAGCCACAGCCACGACGACGGCGAGAAGGGGUUGUCAGGGUCGGAGGACGAGGGGGAAGGCGAGGACGGCCAAAGGUCCGUGGAGACGAGCAGGGCGCUGGGUCCACAAGCAGGAGCGGGGGGCCUAAGACAGAGCAGGGGGAACGGGGCAGGGGAGCAGCCGGAGGAAGAGAGGGGCAAGGGGAGAGAUGGAGAAGCACCACCCCCGGAAGAUGUAGUGAUGGCCCCCAGGAGCGGCACCCGGAGCCCCCCUGACUUGGGAAGCAGCAUAGACAGCAGGACUGUGGUGUGA